AUGAGCGGCCUGCAGAGAUCCUUCGCAAAAGCCAAGCUGGCAAGUUAUCCAGCAACAAUGCCUCCGCUAUCCCAAGAUGUCGACGAGCCUGAAGAAGAGCCGGACCAGUUUGACACUGAGCUGGCACAAGAUGACGACUCUUCUUCUGCAUCAUCUGCGUCUUCAGCCUCAUCUACAGGGACCAUUAUCCCCUCGCAGAAUCAAAAACUCUUCGCCCGGCCCAAAGGAUCCCCAAACAAAAGAACCAUGGACCAGAUUCCAUGGACCUCUUAUUUCGAACGCGAACUAUUUCUCGAAUCCACUACCGAAACUUUCACAAUAAUGCACCAUGCUUACCUCACGUCUCCCAUUGGUAAUGCGCCACUGUUCGUCACACACCAUGGAGCAGGAUCAUCCGGGCUAUCAUUCGCCUUGUUGACAGCCGAGAUUCGAAAGUGUCUGCCAAAUGCAGGCAUCCUCUCCCUUGAUGCCAGAGGGCAUGGCUCUACCACGACCACACCCGAUCCAGAGAUCAUAGACUUGAGCCUGGAAACCCUAAGCGCAGAUUUGAUAGCCAUAUUGGACAAAACGAAGAAGCGAAUGGCCUGGAAACAACUUCCUCCCAUGAUCCUUAUUGGCCAUUCCCUCGGAGGGGCUGUAGUGACGAACGUCGCAAAGAGCGGGGAAUUGGGAGAUGCAGUACUCGGAUACGCGGUACUCGAUGUUGUCGAAGGCUCUGCGAUUGAUGCGUUGCAAAGUAUGCAGACGUAUUUGUCGACGAGACCUGCAGGAUUUCCGUCUUUGGAGCUAGGCAUAGAAUGGCAUAUUCGGUCCAGAACAAUUCGAAAUUCAAUGUCAGCGCGGACGAGUGUACCUGCACUGCUAAAGCACGAUCCAAAGGUACGAAGCUCGAGAAGCUGGACGUGGAAAACUGACCUGGCCGCCACCCAACCUUUCUGGGAAGGAUGGUUCGUUGGACUCAGUAAGAAGUUUUUGGAGGCGAAGGGAGGAAAAUUGCUUCUACUCGCGGGGACAGACAGAUUGGACAAGGAGCUAAUUAUCGGUCAAAUGCAAGGGAAAUAUUCCUUGCAAGUCUUCCCCGAAGCAGGACACUUUAUACAUGAAGAUCUACCGGAGAAGACUGCUAUGGUGAUAGUUGAUUUCUAUAGGCGGAACGACAGGAGUGCGUUGGUCUUGCCUCCGAAAGUCUCCGACAUGUUACGAGCGGGAAUGAAGGUGAAAUUGGUCUCCUGGGAAGACCCAAAGAUCGUUACCGAGAAUGCGCUGCCGAACCACGAUCUCGGGCAUCAAGAUCCAGUCGUGAGAAAACCCGAUUGGUGGAUUGACCUGCCAGCCAGCCUUGUUUACAAAGCUGGAAGACGAGAUCCUUGA